AUGGACGCGCAUUUUCUAUCAGGCAAACGGAUCGUGGUUGCUGGUGCAGGAAUCUCGGGUCUCUCCUUUGCCCUCGCACUUCGACAGCUAUGGCCAACUGGUCUCAUUCCUCCUAGCGUUGUCAUUUACGAACGCGAUUCCGCUGCUGUACCAGCUGGCCGAGAAGGCUACAGUUUAUCUCUCGCCGGAUCUGAUGAAACUGGUGGCCUCUAUGCAGCUCGCGAUCUCGGAAUACUCGACGAAGUCCUCAAACACGCUACUCAGGGGCUCGAUAAUCCAUUGGCCCUCACGGUGUGGAACAAUAAAUGGACUGAGCUAUUGAGUGUCAAGUUCAAGCCUGCUGCCAGCCUUCCCGUUGGGGGGAUACGAAUCGCCAGAAAAAGUCUUCGAAGCGUCUUAAUUAAUGCUGUCGGGCCAGACCAGAUUCUAUGGGACACGGCAUGA